CGCGGAGGCGGCGCGCGGAACAGUCGCCGCCUGGACCAUGACGCGCGUGCACUCGGCGCUGGGCGCGCUGCUCGCCUUGGCGGCCUCGCUGGCGGCCUGCGCGUCCGCCCUGGAGGCGCGCCCGUGCCGCUGCGUGCGCUUCACCACGGACUGCUCCUCGCGGCAGCUCACCCGCGUGCGGGAGGGCACCGUCUGCUCCCACGCCACCAAGCUCGACCUCAGCAAUAACGACUUCCGCGAGAUUCCGCCGGGACUCGGCGUCAACCUCACCGAAAUCGACCUCUCGCGGAAUCGCAUCAACGUGUCCACGCCCGCGCUGCGCGCCAUGUCCAGACUGAGGGUGCUCAACUUGAAGGUGAACUCGCUCACGUCGUUGGAUUUCUUGCCCGACACGUGCGUGUUGAGGAGUUUGGACGUGUCGGUGAACGACAUCGCGGGAGUGGGAAGCGCCCUGUGGAGGUGCUCGCAGCUGGAGACGCUCGAUCUCUCGUUUAAUAAGAUCACUUCGCUGAACGAAAGCGGGUUUGCUGUCCUGACGCGACUCAGGAGGCUCGACCUGUCGGGGAACAAGUUGAGCCACCUGCCGAACGGUGCGUUCCUCGGCCUCUCUCAGCUGAGCUGGCUGUCGCUACGCGCGUGCGGCCUGUCCGCACUGCCCGACGGCGCCUUUCGCGGGCUGUCCGCGCUGCGCCAGCUGCACCUGCAGCAGAACCCGCAGCUGGCGACGCCGCUGGCGCCGGCCGUGCUGGCACCGCUGACGCAGCUGCAGGGACUGGAGCUGGACCGGCUCGAAGGCGACGCCUCGGCGCGCACUCAGCGGUGGGCAACCCAACCCCGACAAAGUAGACGGGAAAGGGAAAGGAAACUUCACGCCCAGCCAAAUUCGGACUAACAAAUUACGAUUCUUGCUCUUAAGAACAGACACAGAAUACUCUGGCGGGGGGAAAAAUUGGCCAUCGGAGAGCAGACUGAGGAUGUAGUUGACUGUGCAUAGAUAUUUUGACGAGUACCGGCCAGAUCCGUUGCUGACGAAGAAAUACAUCAACAGCAUAUUUUUGCAGUACCGUAAUAUUUGAUGAAUUACAAAUAACUUUUCUUUAUAUAAUACAUGUUCUAUUACCAUGUUCUGACUAAAUAGGAGAAACAUUAUAAGUUUUGUGGUGAGAUUUUGUAGUUUAAAAGCCAGAGGUUCCUCUAUGAUCACUGAUACUUGUUACAGUACAUUUUAUUUCUGACUUCAUUUUGAUAAAAAGUGAGGGAAAUUCGAGUAGUACUGCAUAAUGUACACCCUGCAUAUUAUGUAGCAAUUGUAAGUUUAUGGGGUGCAAAAUGCAAACAAGUUAUGGUAAGGAAAUAGAAAAGAUUACAGAAACACCUAUUCCCAAAAAUAAAAUCAAAAUUAUACAAAGUAGAGGAGAAUUUAAUAAAUCCCAUUGUCACAUGUGGCAUACUUCAUGCAUAAUAUGGGAGUGCCAAAUGAAAGGCAUAAAUAUUUAAAAAAUGAACUAACCUAAAAAAAUAUCUUUACUUGAUACAAAAAGAUUAUACUUUUAUGGCCUCUUAAUGCAGAUUUUCUAGUGCAUAUUUGAUUUCAGCAAGUGAGUACUUCAUAAUAAAAAAAAAUACUCUUAUUUAAAGAAAAUAAUAUUUUACUACAAACGAAUCUUUUUGAUGCAAAUUCCUGACACUUUGUUUAACAUACCCAAUAAUUCUACAUUACUUUUGGUUUUAAAUAUAUAGCUUGUAUUACAUUUGGCAAAUCUAUGUACAUUUUGUGGCACAAAGGAACCAUACAUUUUAUCUAUUUGCAAGAAUGUGGGUACACCAGAUGCUUAAAUUUUCUUUAAAAAGUUUAAG